AUGUUUCGCCAAGAAGUCAGUGUGACGUCUUUUAUUCCAUCUUGUUCGUAUCUUUUCCAACACGAGAAGAGGAAUAUGUCCAGAUAUAACAUAUACAGCCUGUUGGACUGGAUCUACGGCGGGGUGGACCCUAAGUUUGAGGGCAACGGGGGGCCCGAGUGUGCCGCCUUCAUCGCGCCCCAGCAGCGCAUCGGGGAAAGUCUGGUCAUCGUCCUCAUCUCCCUGGUGGAGAUUGGCGUGGCGCUGAAGAAAAUCAACCUCUCCAGAGACCUCAAAGUGGUUGGAAAAGACUGCUCAAGGACAAAGGCGGAUAGUCUGGGCAAGAACCUGUUGCUGGUUGCCCUUUGCAUGACUUUUGGGGUGGAGGUUGGGUUCAAAUUCGCGACCAAGACUGUGAUCUACCUCCUGAAUCCCUGCCAUGUUAUGACCAUGGUUCAGAUCUUCCUGCUGGCCUGCCCGCCAUGCAAAACAGCAAUGGUUGUAUUUAGGCUGCAGGUCCACAUGUUGAACGGUGCGUUACUGGCUUUAAUGUUCCCUGUGGUCAACACUAGACUGCUACCGUUUGAGAAGGAGAUCUACUACAUCCAGCACUCCAUGCUCUACCUGGUGCCUCUUUACCUCUUCAGGAAAGGAGGUGUGUACAAGCCUGAACCUCUGGGGGACAUGUGGUGGGCACUGCUCUCCACCGGCAUCCUGUUCCUCUACCACUUCCUCUUCUUGCAAGUCCUUGGCCUGGCGACUGAGGUCAACCUGAACAACAUGCUGUGCCCGGCCGUGUCCGAUCCCUUUUACGGGCCUUGGUACCGGGUUUGGGCGACGGGCCACCAGACCCUGCUGACCCUCCUUCACGGGAAGGUCCUCACACUCCUCUCGCAACACACGGGCUCCAUCUGCAGAUGCAUGCUGGACACGCUUCGACUGCGCAGCAAGAAAGUCGAUUGAAUGUCCAAGAGGAUGCGCACAGACCUAGCCUUUCAUUCUUAAUGCCUGCUAUCAUCGUGGAGAUUUUAUUUUUAUUUUAAAUCAGCAUUUUAAUGCAUCUUUUGAGACUUACCAUUUCAGGGCCAGUGAAUCAAUGUGUCAUUCUUUAGUGUUGUAGUUGGCUUGCAUACAUACUUGCAUGCACAAACAUAAUAGGCAUUUUAAGGCUGGUAGUUAGCAUUGUGGAGUUGGACAGAUUUAACCUCUUUUUUUCUUUUUUUUUUAAUUUCCAGAAAUAUGUAAGUGAAUUUGUGGGAGACUUCUCAAGCUGCCUUUUUGUAAAGUUUUAAGGACAGAAAAUAGGCGUUACCCAAAUGUCACUGCUGAUCUGCAGUUGUUACAGUUUCAGUUCUUUAUGUGGUAGUUUUGCUAGAUCAUAUGUUAGUGGGUAAAGCUGCCAUUUUAUUGUGCGUUUUGAAAAAGAUUGUGAAUGUUGUUAAAGUUAUUGCUCAUUUGUAGUCGGAGGAUUUUUGUUCGACAUGUAUGAUCGCCUCUUAGUGUUGUCAUGACUGAAAAAUAGAAACUUAUUUAUGGCGUCCCUCUGUUCCCACUUUACUACACACAUCUACAGGUUAUGAAAACAUAAUUUGUAAGUGGCCUCUUAGGCGUUUCUGUCUCCAGCCCGUUGAGAUCAUUCCAUUUGUGAUAAUCAGGGGACACAAGGGUGUAUUACGUGCUGAGAUGUGAUGAAUGAGGAUUUAUGGAUGUACACUGGGAUGUUAUUAUUACCUCUGCCAAGGAGGUUAUGUUUCUGUCUGUUAUUUUAUUGUGAUAUCGGACCAUAUUCAGUGAGGUAUAAACGGGAUGAAUGUGAUAUUUACCAAGAUAGAGUAGAUCUUGAUUCAUUGACUACGAAAUCAAAAGAAAGAAUUAACUUGCAUUGAUAAUUGGAAAAUGUCAUGGUAAAUAUCAUUUCAAGUGUGAGGGGUGUGUGUAUUACUGUAGCAUAUACUGUACUUCACUGUAAAGAAGGGAUGAGACAAACUUUUGUAUUUCUAUGGGUUUGAGUGUAUGUGCUGUAUUGACAAUAAAAGUGAUUUCAGUUGA